AUGCACCCCUUCUCUAUUCUCACACUUGCGAUUUUCGUAGCCGGCUACAUCACUGCGAGGUGGGAUCUGGUUACAAGACUUUAUGAGCUUGCAAUAUUCGCAUGGGAUCACGGAGUAGUGGCACGAACUUUGAAAGGAUUCGCGAUUCUUUCCCUCUUCUUCUUUUUAUUCAUCAUACCAGUGGAAAGGCUCGCGUCGAGGGAGACGACACUACAUCCGCGAUCUGGCAGCGUCGGCAUAUCUGCACGAGAACAAUUGCGACGUCGGGGUUCUUUUUGA